UGAUACUUGCAAUACUCCAACUUCGCGUCGCUUUCCCAAGCCAAAAUGCCUAGCGCCAGCGCCAUCAGCGCCAUCAGGGCCAUUGCCAUCGCCGUUCUUUUUCUGGAAGUUGAAGCCAGUCGUUCCUUCGAGACAGAGACUGCUUCAGAGUUAUUCGAUGCUUUGGAGAACAGAUCUCACCAGUCUCAUGCAGGAGAACUUGGAGAGCCAGUUGACUUAGAUGGAACCGUUGCAAAGAAAGGAUGGGAAUGUGGGAAGCCUGCAGAUGACGUCCCAAAUCGAGAGUUGGUGAAAAAUGCCAAGAAGAAGGCGCAAUAUCUCAUCUACAACUGGCUCAAAAAAAGUGUAUGCCCUCCUUCUCUGGGGGAGAAGGAGCAACACUGGGUUGCUAGGCCACCAUCAGUUCUAGAUCAGAAGAGAGGCAAACCCUGCAAGUCAUCCAUCACUGGUAUCCUGGCGGAAUGCAAAGAAUUUUGAGGUUGGGCAUUCGGAUGUGAGUGGCAACAGUUUGAUGAAUUGAAGAUACGAAUCAGAAUGCGUAGAGAUGCGUAGAGAGACAGUUCCAGGUUGUUGCCCAUUGGCUAGGUGAAAUCAUUUGAGAAACGGUAGUUGGCUUAACUGAGUAACUCGGCAACUGAAGGUCCUUUAGUCAGAUGCCAGGGCCAGGGCCAGGGCCAGGGGCCAGGGCCAGGGGCCAGCGAGGUCAAGAAGAUUCGAUUGGCUGCAUGAAGUUUCAUUGGGAUUUGGAUGUUGGAGAAUGUGGAUCCAAACUUGUUUCACAAGUUCAAAGCCCUGAAGAAAAGAAACUCAACAUCAAGGCAAUGCAAGACCGCUUCACAGUCAAAGGAGGAACGGCCACGGUGCUCUGCAGCGAUCUGAUGAGUGAGUCGGUUCGAAAGACCUACCCCUUGGAUCACUUCUCCGGCGACACCAUAUGGGGGUGAAACGGGUGAAACUGAUCGUGACUGAUUGCGGUGGCCGUUGGCAUAGCUUCAGGGCCUCAUGGAAAAGCA